UAUAUGAUCCUAUGAUUUUUGGAGCCUGCUUUUUAACUUGAGCAGCAGCAGGCUCCUAUACAGCUCCAAGAAUAUUUUUCUUGUUGCACUUCUCUCUAUCUUAUCAACAAGAUAAGGGAGCAGCCACUUUCUCAGAACACCGUUCUCUGGAUUUCCUUUCUCACCUCUUUCUGUUAGAAACCUGGUAACACACUGGCAGUUCCCUUCCUCACACGAAGCACACCUGUCAGUCUCUUUACUCAGAAAGGUUAACUUCAACCCCUUUUCCCACUAACACCAAGCAGCAAGGCCAGACGAGAGGGAACGCCCUCAAGUUGCACCAGAGAAAGCUCAGGUUGGCCAUCAGGAAGAAUUUCUUCUCAGAAAGAGCGGGAGGUGCUGGAAACAUGCCGCCUAGGGAGUCACUCACUACCCCUGAAGGUGCCGAAACGUCCAUCUUGGCGGCGGAGGACGGCUCCCGGUUUGACAGCAGACCCAGGGCGCUCACCGCAGCCCCCUCCCUGCCCCGCUCCGGCAGCCCGUCACCCCGCCGCCUCCUCCCGAGGAGCCGGAGAGGGCGGGGCCGGCGGCAGCACCUCCCCGACGGGCGGGGCGGGACGCUCUCCUUUGCGCCAUGAUGAACAAAUGACCUCGCGGGGAAUGAAAUUUAAGUUCCACCGGGGGGAGAGAGUUCUCUGCUUCGAGCCCGACCCCACCAAAGCCAAAGUGCUCUAUGAUGCCAAGGUGACCGGCCGCGCUCACGCCCUGCCCCUCAGCCCCGGACCGCGGAGAGGCGGGGCCGCCCUUAACGCUCCUUCGUCGGUGCGCCGCGCGCUCCCGCCGCUCCGCUUCCGGAUUGUUGAUAUUAUUGUUGGUAAAGAUGAGAAAGGCAGAAAAAUUCCAGAAUAUCUAAUCCAUUUUAACGGUUGGAAUAGAAGCUGGGAUAGAUGGGCAGCUGAAGAUCAUGUCCUUCGUGAUACUGACGAAAAUCGCAGAUUACAGCGUAAAUUGGCACGGAAGGCUGUGGCUCGCAUGAGAAGAAAAGGAAGAAAGAAGAGACGUUGCAGGUUGCCUGGUGUUGACUCUGUUUUAAAAAGCCUUCCUGCUGAGGAAAAUGAUCAUAAUAGCGAAAAAACUGUAAGUAGUUCUUCUGAUGACAGUGAUGAAGGAACAGAUGAAGAAAUAAAAAGUGAAGAAAGUGAUAUAGAAGAAAGGACAGAAAUGAAAGAAGAUCAAGACACUCAUUCAAAAAGGGAGAUGGAAGAAAGAGCAAUAAACAUAGAAAUUCCUGAAGUCUUGAAAAAGAAGCUUGAAGAAGACUGUUACUAUAUUAAUAGAAGAAAACGGCUAGUGAAGCUUCCUUGCCAGACAAAUAUAAUAACCAUCCUGGAGUCAUAUGUGAAACAUUUUGCUAUUAAUGCUGCAUUUUCAGCCAACGAAAGGUCUCGGCACCAUCAGGUGACUCCACAUGCUAAUAUGAAUCUUCAUUAUGUGCCACCAGAGAAGAAUGUUGAGCUGUGUAAGGAGAUGGUGGAUGGGCUGAGAAUAACCUUUGACUUUACACUUCCAUUAAUUUUGCUAUAUCCUUAUGAGCAAGCUCAAUUUAAGAAGGUGACUUCAUCAAAAUUCUUUCUUCCUAUCAAGGAGAACUCAACAAAUACUAACAGAAAUCAGGAGGAGCUUUCCCCAAGCCCACCUCUGCUCAAUCCACCAACGCCUCAGUCAACAGACAGCCAACCUGCAACGGCAGAGCCAGCCACACCAAAAAGGAGGAAGGCUGAACCUGAAAUUCUGCAAUCACUGCGACGUUCUACGCGGCAUACCUCGAACUGUGACAGGUUGUCUGAAAGUAGUGCUUCCCCACAACCUAAGCGGCGGCAUCUUGAGACCCCAACUUCUAUGCCAAAGCUCUUCUUGCACCUGGAGAAAAAAACCCCUGUUCAUAGUGGAUCAUCUUCACCUAUAACUCUGACUCCUAGCAAAGAGGGGAGUGCAGUUUUUACUGGCUUUGAAGGUAGAAGGAACAAUGAAUUGAAUGAGGUUUUGUCAUGGAAACUGAUGCCAGAGAACUAUCCACCAAGUGAUCAACCACCACCUCCAUCAUACAUCUAUGGAUCUCAACAUUUGUUACGCAUGUUUGUAAAGCUACCAGAAAUACUGGGGAAGAUGUGCUUUCCUGACAAGAAUCUCAAGGCUUUAGUAAAACACUUUGAAAUGUUUCUAAGGUUUUUAGCAGAAUACCAUGAUGAUUUCUUCCCAGAAUCUGCUUACGUAGCUGCCUGUGAAGCCUACUACAGUACUAAAAAUCCCCGGGCAAUCUACUGAAGCUAUUAAUAAAGAUUGAAUCCCUUCUAUAUGUAGCCUGUGACAAUGCCGUUCUACCAUGUGGCUACAAGAUGAAGAUGAAAAGAAUUGAAACAACUCUGGAGUUUGAAAUAGGGGAAUAUCUUCUGUGACGGCUGGAUUACUUAGCAGGAACAAGGAACUUCUCAGAGAAUGUGUAUAGACUGCGUUGUGAAUUGCUUAGGGAUUUGAAUCAGACUCUACUUCAGAUGAAUGAAGACGCCUCAUUCUGUCUGCUAAUGCAUAGAACUGCAUAGAACUAUUAAAAAGGGAGGCAAAAGCAGAUGCAUUAGCAACAGGACAUUGCAAUGUUGUUUUAGCUUGAUCCUUUCCAGCCUGAGUAAUAAGACUUGACUACACAGUUACAUGAAGAAAAUUCAUAACUAGUAUCUUAUGAAUUUUUCCUUGCAAAUUGCACUUCGUUUUGUGAAACUUAUAAAAGAUUGCUUAAGUUAAAGGAUUAUCUUGCUGUUUGGCUAGUAUGACAUCUGCCUCAAGAGUGACUUUGCUUAAAUGAAAGAUGUGUUGCUUACUUUGCAUUUUGCAAAGAUGUCUCUAGCUCUUGCCGUGGUAAGGCUAUCAGAGUUCCAAGGAGAACAUGCCUUGCCAGAGAUACAACAUCUAUCUGGCUAUAACAGAUUUCCAGAGCCAUUAAAAAAGAACAGAUUUUCUACAAGUAAGUGGAAAAGUCAAUAAAGUCAUGGCAGUUCAACUGGCAAGUACACUUUUCCUAAUAAAGAACAUAAUGACUGCUUCUUAAAUGUGUGGUUUUGACUGUCUAAAAUGUCUUAUUUGUGCUUGAUUAAUAUUUUUGAGAUUAAGUAUGCAUAGCAUUAGAUGGGAGUACUGACAGUAUAGGGAAGAAACCUUUCUGUAACAUUGUUUUCUUUAAAAAGUCUUUAAAACUGGGUAAGGAAACAUUCUUUAACACAUCCCCUCUGGAAAUAGGCAUUCAAUCAACUGAUUUUAUAGCAUUAACGAUACAUUCAGUAGAAUAUAAUCGAAAUAUUCUUGUCUUGAACAUCAUCAAAACCUUGUCCACUGCAUAGAACUCUGUGCUUUAGAGUUCUGUUCCUUGUCAAGACAAACAGUGGGCAGAAACUUGGACUCCAAACUUACGGACUAGUGCCCUCUUCUCUCUGUAAUCCUUCCUAGUUUACAAAACUUCUCUUAGAACACUUAUGUAAAAGACAAAAUAUUUGACAUAGAUCUGGAGAAGCUAGUAGUUAGGAGGAAUUUUACACAUGUAAAUGGAAAACUUAGUCUAAGAGGGCAAAGCAAAUCUGAAAUCUACUACUGACACUCUUUUCAGCACUGAGCUGGUUUGUUAGGCUUUUGAACUGAGAAUUUAGGGAUUACUUCAGCUUUAGCAAUUUAUGCUCUGUUCUUUAGAAAAGCUUAUGUAAAGACUCUGUUGAAUGUAAUGGUUGCUAAACAAGCAUUUUGCAUGGAUGCAAGCAAAUUGGUCCUUAUUUCUAAAGGUUAAUGUUCAGUGGUACUCUUUUUAUUGUGUUUCUGUAAUACAAAAAUUGUAGACUUUAGCCUUUCUCAAGUUACAGAAGUUUUGAGUCCAGCUGAUUCUGCGUACUUCAAAAUCCACUCUGCUGCAAGUGUGUUUCAUUCUAGGCUUGGACUGUAAUGUUUUAUAAAGAUGAUUCAACAAAAUUCCAGUGACAGUCUAAUGAGACAUUUGUCUUGGAAUGCAGCCUGAAACUCCAUCCUUAAUCAGUUAUAGUGUAGGAAUGUUAGUGUGUAUAAUAGGAGAAAUGUUUGUAUCUGAGUACCAGAAAAGUUAUGAAGAAUUUAAAUGUAAUUGUCUGCCUGUUUAAUUGUUGCAAUGAGAGCUUCUGUUUGCAGUAGUUAUUAAUUGUCAUUAUUGACUCACUAUUAGGUCACAAUGAUUCUCAAAAGAGAAGGCCCACUUAGCAUAGCCUUGAUGUGAACAAACUUGAUAGUAAAAUUCAUUUGAAACUGUUA